AUGCUGUCGAGUGAGCAUGUCGAGGCGGCUCUGUCUGAAGUUAUUCGUCCUCUUGACAUUAAGGUGGCAGGCCAACGGAAUCGGUUGCAGCCGACGUCAAUGAAUCAUGUAAAUGAGGACGUAGAGGUCAAUGGACGUGCAGUAGUAGGAGACCCAAAGCGUUCGCUAACGUACGAACUCGUGACAAUGCUCCGGCCAAAACGGUCGGACGUGUCGUCGAAUGGAGACGGCGCUGUAGCCUAUGAGUACGACGACCUGCCGAUCCUCGAGAGCAGUCGAACGUCGUGCUGUACCCCUGGCAAACCUGUGGUGCUUGCCAUGUCAAGAUCAAUUGAUCAGUCGGAUCGCCUGAGUGACUGCCUGCCGAGAGGCGAGCUGCAUGUCUGGGUGUACGAAGCUUGUCGUCUGUUGGAUUCACGGGCGAUUGGAGACAUGACGCUGCCCAAGCACGGGAUCCGAGUGAGGUGCGACUUCCUAGGAGCGGUGCAGAUCUCGCCCCGCAACAUCAAUCAAGACAUGAGGAAUCCAGUGUGGCGUCAUGCUGACAACAGGCUUCGUGACGGCACGGGCGGACACUUUGCUUGGGCAGUGAAGGAGCCGGAAGGAGUGCCGAGGGAUUGGCUCAGUGUUGCAGCUCACCUUGGCGAAUACAAACUAGACAUUGAGUUAGUGUGCGGCGAGCGACUCGUCGGUUCGGCAAGUGUGCCACUGGAAGACUUGCUGCUCUCACCCCAAAUUGAUGCUCUAGACGAAGACGGAUUGGAUGGUGACCAUGACGAGAACUUUUGUCUAGUUCCGCAUUGGCUGCCCCUUGCAGGGAGCAAUGCUGGGCUACUCCAAGUCUCGCUACAAUUCGUUCCGGCCUCGCAACACACGAAGCGGGAUGCCACCAAGUGUAUUGACUGUACGGGGAGGAUGGUCUCCAGCUUGGAUUUUGUGGCAGAUGACGACGGUGGGGAUGCGAAUGAGUCAUUUAUUGAGUUUGCAGACUUGGUGACGGAACGACCGCAGUCAAGUCGCACCCCAUUUACCCGCGGUCCAAUGAAUGGACGUCGAGAUGUUCCUUGGCUUGACGAACGCCACGGUAGUCCGGUAGCGAACGUGAAAAAGAACGAGAACUCGAGGAGUAAAGUUACGGUAUCACGAAGUGGCGGCGUCACGAUGUACGUCCCGACUCAAAAUGAGACAACACCAUUCGAGUCCGUCAAACGACCAGCACGGAAUGCGAAAUCCUCAAUGUCAAAGUCCAAUUCAUCUCCUCGUGACAAAGGGACGCAGAUGAUGGACAAGCAGCUCCAGGAUUUAUACAACUUUGGUAUCGCUAAAGAACCUCCUGCGCCUGCAACUGUGAAGGACUCGAAAAGGUUUACGCGCACGACAAGCGUGGCGUCCAUGUACAGUGGCAAAGCAAGCACGUGUGCUAGCGAUGCUUUUGCCUACAACGAGCUCAUUCAAGACAUGGAGAGUACCAUGAAUUCGAUGGGAGACACAGCGCCUUGUACGAGCAAAACUCGUUUCAUCCACGCAGGCGAUGACAACAGGGAGCAAACUCAGAUGAAAGCAACGGAAAAUGAAAGCGUGUCGACUUCGAAGCUCAAACUGAAGAAUCGUCGAAGGGGCAAGCCAACACAUAAUCUCAGCAAGCCUCUCGACCCCACUCAAUCCUUGCGACACGAUACAAGGGCUUGUGACAGCAGCAGCAGCAAUGCAAGCACUCGAAGUAGACCUCUUCAAGAGCGCAGCAAUGUCAGAAAAAUUGAAAUCCGUCCAAGCAGCAACAACGAUGGGCCUGUGACGCUUCUUCUGCGCACCAGGACUCCUUCUCCGUUGCAACGAAAGGGUGUGGUUCAAUUCGAUCCUCAAAACCAGCCGGUCGAAGUCCCGAUUGAGUGUUCUGCUUUUCACGACGACGCGCAUGAAAUGGCAAGCAGAACAAAGCGGGAGCGACGAGCAGCUGGAGAGCCCUUGGGACGUCUAUCGCUUCCAAUCAGCCAAUUCUCCUUUCAACAACGACGAGAUAUGCUUGCACAGCAGCAACCAACUCGCUUCCCUCGGCAGCUGUUCGAGGAUGAAAUCGGACUGCAACCUUUCCCGUUCGAAAGCGUCGAUCCUCCUUUACUACGUCGUGGACGAAGCGACUCCAUCUACACAGUGAAUGAUCUGUAUCCUCCGAAGACUGAAGUCACUUCAGGCGCAACUUCUGCUAAAAGGACCCUUGGUUCAGCGAACUCAGUCACGGAUCCUGCCUCUCAAGAAGAAAGUCAAGGAACAGCAGCGCACCGUCAUUCAGGGAGUAACGUGGUUUACAUCGACGGUGAACCAUCGUGCAUUGGCAAGCUAAUCAAUAUCGGCAACGUACCAGGAGUGGUGCGCUUCAUUGGCACGACGCAUUUUGCUACCGGUACAUGGGUAGGCAUCGAGCUUUGCGAGCAAAUGGGCAAGAACAGUGGCACAAUCGACGGACACAUAUACUUCAGCUGUGCACCAAAUCAUGGCAUAUUCAUACGAGCCAGUCGCUUGGGCCUCUCGUUAAAGCUGUAG